UUCUCGAUUGACUUGACAGUAUUGACAUUGAAUUAAAUAUCAGUUACACAUGUAAUAGUGAAAAUGAAAAGCAUGUACAUCGAUAUCCGUACACGUUUAACUAUUUAAAUUUUCAGUUCAUGCCCAUUCUUAAUUUGUUUGUUGAAUGAAAUGCAUUUUCUCGAAACUUCAUUCCACUCCAAUAGGUGGCAGUGAUGUACUAAAUCUAUUCUUAAUGAACGUACUAAAGAAGAAGCAGAAGCGGCCCAAUACAGUAGAAGAAGAAUAGUCCACUGUUGGUGUGGAGGAUGAAGAAGAGCCGCGGAGUUUGAGUUUACGGAGCAGCAUGAGUUUUUCUUUUAAACUUCUGACCGACACGUACAGGUGUCUCAUCUCGGGUUCGUGUCCUCAACACAGCCCCGCUGAUGUGGCCGCUGUGUUAUUUUCCUCUGUGUGCGGUCUCGUCUCUUCAACGGCCGAGGACGUGAAGGUGGAGAGCGAGAAGCAGAGCACCUCGGAGCUGUGCUGCAUCAGUCUGACUGUCAUUGACAACAUGAACCUCUUACUGACUCAGGACACACCUGGUGACGUCACACUCUUCUUUGAGACGUGUUUAAUAAAACUAUUUCGCGACAUGGACGUCAUGACGCAGUUGGUCCAUCUUUUCCAGACUGAGGACCAGAUCAUCCGUCAUCUUGGUGCCAAGUGUGUGUCCACAUAUGUUGUCUAUCACAUCCUCAAAUCUGGUACCGUUGAUGCAGUGUGGCAGCAAAGGUGUGUGGAGGCGUUUCUGAGUCCAGUCCCAGGAGCUGACUUGGACUCCUGUCUGUGGUCCCUCACAGAUGUCCUAAAAAGACUCCUGAAGUCAUCUCAUCAAGAAGUGGUGAGGAGCCUCGUAUCAUCUUUUGACUCCAGUCUAAAUGCUCUGUGUUCAGAGUUUUUACCUGAGGGGAAGAAACUUUUCACGAGUUUUCCAAAAACCAGCAGCAAUCACUGGGAAACAACGUUCUGUCUCCUACUGGACUUACUGGAGGCUCUGACUGCGUCAGGUUUGAGAUGUGGCUUCAGUCUGCCCAGUCAGAGGUUGGUCCACACUCGCUGCCCGGCUCUCCUCGCUGUCAUCAGCGGCUCCUCUCAGUACUUUGUAAAGAAGAAAGUUCUGCUGCUUCUGAAGCGAACCGUUCUUCAAAGGUCUGGAGAGGACUGGACUUCCGGAGAAGUUCUACCUAACAUCCCAGAAUACCAGCAGCUUGAUGCAGAUGUGAACGUGUUGGCUCAGACCGUUCUGACCGCAGUGGAGGAUGAUUGGCUGCAGAGUAUUGAAGUAAAGUCUGUGUCGUUCUUCGGAGGAACCGGACACGUCGGAGGAGAUGGAGGUGAAGAAGCAGACUUUGUGAUGCUGAGAGCCGUCAGUCUGCUUCUUCUCAAGUCCAUGGAGGUCCACGUUCAUUGGGCUGGGAAACCUGCAGCAGCAGCUCUAGAUGGUGCCAAAGAGGAUUAUGGGUAUCUGCAGAGGCUGUGGUCCUUCUUGAGGCGGAGCAGUUUGGAGCUGAGGAACGUCACCCACCUGUGUCACUGGGUCAGUGUGCUGUUUGGAGAGCAGGACGAUGACAUGGUGGAGGCAGCCAAAGCCCUGCUCUCCAUAUUUCAACAUCACAGACCGUCAUCUGGGCUGGAUGACGUGGCAGAGCAGGAGGCAGCCUGUGCUUCCAGCUGCAAUCCUCACUGUCACUUCCUGCUCCUGCUGCAGAGCAUCUCCUUCGACCACAGCAUCCUCCUGGACUUCCUCAUAUCUGCAGAAACCUGUUUCCUGGACUACUUUGUGCGCUAUCUCAAGCACGUCAUAAAUGACUGGCAGGGUUUCAGCAGAGCGUGUCAACGAGUUGACAAGUCACGCAGACCGGUGGCACUGCAGCAGUCGGUGACUCGCAAAAGCAGAACGAGUGGAGCUGAGUGUUCCUCUGUCCAGAACCCACCUUUGGAACCAAGCGGUGCGAUUCGCCUGGUAGAUUACGACAGUUCUGACCAAUCUGAGUCAGAAGAUAUGGACAUUUCUGAAGUGGAUCCAGCUACGUCUGUGUGUGAGAAACAGGAAACUGCAGAAGCAACGGCGUUCGUCAAACACAAACAAUAUACUUCCUCUGAAUGUACGGGGGCUCUGACUGCCGUGGCUCCUCAGUCAGGACAGAUCCCAGGUUGUGAAACAUCAGCCCGAGCCCUGGCCUGUCUGUCAGAGCUGAGAGCGGUGGUGAUGAGGCUGCGGACGAAGAAACUCUUCCCCUACAACCCCUCUUCACUCUUAAAGCUGUUAGCACAGGUUCACGUCUGUUCCCAACAGUCUUCAAACUAGUGUCAAACUAUGGUCAAAACCCAUUGAAGAGUAACACAACGGUUCGAGCUGCUCCGUUGUGGGCUUUUGCGAUUCAGUGUUGUGCAAAUUUGAAAAGCAAACAUCCGGCUUUACGAUUUGUACAACUUCACAAUCAAAACGCUCACUCAAAGGCAUGCAUUCAAAAUAAAUAUGUUUGACACGUAGUCACUAAAAAAAUAACACCCAAGGGACAAAAAAGUAUCAAACCUGGUGACCAGUAGAUGGCAGUAAAGCAUCUACAGCAGGGGUGUCAAAGUCAUUUUCACCCUGAGGCCACAUCAGCGAUACAGUUCCCCUUGAAGGGCUGGUUUUAACUAUACCAAGUUAAGAAACUUAACAACAUGGACUUUAAACACUUAAGAUCCCGCA